UGAACAAGGAAACGCUCUUUCGGCACGAUUUAAAAGUUAUCACGACUGUGUAUGUGUGGGUGUUUGCAGGUGUUGUGUGGCUGUAUAGUUGAAUACGUGCAGGCUGUAGUGUCGAAGAUGAAGGUGGCUCUGCUGCUUACGUUGACCUUUAGCUGUAGCUUUAUGUCCACAUAUAACCCACUGUCGUCAGCAUGCUCCCACCCUCCAUCACAGUGGUGCUCGUCUCCAGACUUGGCUGUCCAGUGCGGGGUUUUGAAACUGUGUCUCCAGGCCAACUUAACCAGGUUGCGUCAGACAGCGGAACCUGUCCAGUUGGAUGUUUACUAUGAGAGCUUGUGUCCCGACUGCAUAUUUUAUAUCACACAGGUGCUUUACCCCACCUGGGUGUUGCUGCAGGACAUCCUAUCUGUCAAUCUUGUCCCGUUUGGGAAUGCUCAGGAGAAACCUGAUGGCAGCAAGUACAUAUUUAAGUGCCAGCAUGGAGAACAGGAGUGCCUUGGUAACAUGAUACAGGUAACGUUCCGAAACACAACCUGCUGACUAAUCAUCACACUAAAUGUGAACUGCUGUUUCAUUCCCGUCAUGUGAAAAGGAAGUAUUUAUCUUUCUACUAAUCUUCUCACGUGUGUAGUAGUUAUCACAAAGUAAGUUGGCAAAGUAGGACUAUAAUCAUGAAACUAUUUUUUCUGUCGUGUCAGACGUGUUUACUGAACAUGAGCGACAAUGCCUUCCUCAUCACCUUUUGUAUGGAGGCAUCCACUGAUGUUAUCGCAGCUGCAAAGAGUGUGAGGAAAAUCUGCCGGUUUCAGCUUCUUUUUUUUCCAUCUAAUUACUCCACGUCUCUACUU